AUGUCCGCCAUCUACAAAGCCUUGCAGGCCAAGUCGUCCAAAGAUACGGCAGAAAAGACCAAACACAUCAACAGACAACGUGUGCUUGUCAUCUCCUCGCGUGGUGUCACCUACAGACACCGCCACUUGAUCAAUGACUUGACACAAUUGAUGCCCCACGCCAGAAAGGAGCCCAAGUUCGACUCGAAAAAGGACUUGUGGCAGCUCAAUGAGGUGGCCGAGUUAUACAACUGUAGCAACAUUUUCUUCUUUGAGGCUAGAAAGCACCAGGAUCUUUACUUGUGGAUCUCCAAGCCUCCUAACGGACCCACCAUGAAGUUCUACGUCCAGAACUUGCACACUUUGGACGAGUUGAACUUUACCGGAAACUGUUUGAAGGGCUCCAGACCCAUUUUGAGUUUCGACAAGUCGUUCACCGACUCUGCACACCAUGCUCUUAUCAAGGAGAUGUUCACCCACACCUUUGGAGUUCCUCCAAAUGCCAGAAAAUCGAAGCCUUUCGUCGACCACGUGAUGUCCUUUUCUAUUGUAGACAACAAGAUCUGGGUCAGAAACUACCAGAUCUCAGAGACCGAAGAGGCCCGUGAAAAUGCCGACGGUACCAAGGACGCCAUGUCCUUGGUAGAGAUUGGCCCUCGUUUUGUGAUGACUUUGAUCACCAUCUUGGAGGGUUCCUUUGGAGGCCCUAAGAUCUACGAGAACAAGCAGUACGUCUCUCCUAACGCUGUCCGUGCUCAACUCAAACAGCAGGCUGCAGACAGAGCCCGUUCGCGUGCUGUGGCUGCUUUGGACAGAAAGGUGAAGGUGCGUGAGCAGGUGUUGAAGGCUGAUCCGUUGUCCAACGAGAGUUUGUUCAAGUAA